AUGAGUAAACGUCUUCUUAUCUCACAAUGCAAGGAUGUAGGUGUUUUUACUGCCCUCAAGCAGCAACACCGCUGGAUUACGCGUCUUUAUACCUCUUUUUAUCCUGGUGAGUUAUUCCCUAACCAACUCGUGCAGCCGAAACAACGUUUGCCAGAAGGUAUGACUCUUAGCGAUAUUCUAAAAAAGGCAGCAUUGGAUGGAACUCCAAAGGCAAAUAAAACUUCUUCAGCAACAGCAGCUGCAGGUACAAACACUACUAGUGGUGUUGGUGAAGAAGUUGAACCAAAAGGAGUUUCGUGGGGUGAUGCUAGUAGCACAGAUAUUAUGCAUACAGGUGAUGUACGUCAACCACAAGGGAUCCCGGUGAAAGCGGAACGCCCCUAUGUACCACUUGGUGAGAUAGCAAAAUUAGAGUUACAAGGUGAUUACUAUAUGGAAGGAGGACUUUUUCAAGAAGCUCUUGAACAUUAUGGUGUGGUUGCCAAAGCCUAUUCUAUUGCAUAUCCAGAUAAUCACUCUCAACGUGUAAGUAUUCUAUUAAAAUUGUCUAGCGCAUUUAGACAUGUUGGUCGUCAUGAGAGUAGUAAAGCCAAUAUUGAGAACGCUUUACGUAUGCUAGAUGCAUCUAGCCGACCAUCUCUUGAAUUAAUAUGUGAGGCUUUAUUUGAAUUGGGACUAACACGAGAAGCGUUAGGGUCUACAAAGACAGCAGCAGAGGCGUAUGAGGAAGCUGUGGAAAUUAUGAACAUAUUCCACAACAGUGGUGAGUCGCAUCGCAUGUUGCGAUUGCUACCACGCCUCGGUCGCCGCUUUAAUCUUAACUUUGAAGAAAAGUUCGUUUAUUUCAGUCCAUUCGACUAUGACCGUACAUUUGCUAUUGCCGAUCAGUGUCUGGAGCGAGCUGAGCGGGCAUACCGCACAUUGGGAGAUAGUGCCGGUAUUAUUCGUGUACUGCAGCGACGGAAAGAAUUAAUUGAUAAAAAGUUCUUUAAUCUUCGCGAUUUUGCAGGGCGUAUUCACACAACUCGAGGCCACUGGAUGCGACGAGCACAACAUCUCACUAACGCACCAACACCUGAUGAGUUGCUACGUUAUAGUCCAACCGUACAUCAAGUACACCGGGAUCUUAGCCGUGAACUUACCGCCCCACUCGGACGGGAGUCAGAAGUUAUGCCAGGUGUUAAUCGCACAGUACUAGAUAUGGGUAAUCCAUACCGUAAACGUGGACGUCUCUCUAAUAAGAUGCUGCGUGACGCUGAUCACAACUUUGCAAAGUAUGUUCGACAGCAGGAGUACAAUGAGUAA